AUGUUAUUUCUAGCGCUUUUAGCGCUUGCUUCGCUUGUUGUGGCGUCUUCUGAAUACUCGGAAUCGCUCACCAUCAAGCCAUUGCCCCGCAAUAAGAUUUUGACGUCGUUCGAAUUUGACUCCCAGCUGCCGUCGUUUCCCUUGGUAUACGUGCCUCCUUCAUUAGAAGACUCCAAUAUUGAUACGGCAGCACGCCACUACGGGAUGUUCCCGAAAUCUGUGGAGCCUGUGCUCCGUGCCACAAACACGCGGCAGUUACAUUUACGCUUCACCCAAGGAUGGUGGCACUCCGAGUCUUGGGGUCAGUUGCCCCGCAACGGGUCCCUGAGUGGAGGCACAGGCGUGGAGCUCUGGGCUGUUGUCGAAGCUACUGAUUUGCAAGAAGCGAACCAGAACUGGCGCAAACUUGCAGACUCGUUGUCGGGGUUCUUCUGUGCCCUGUUGAACUUUGUAGAUGAGUCCAUCACCACCUACCCUCGCCACGAUGUGCAAGACAUGAUGUCUGGAUACGCAGCAAACUCCAGCAACAGCUUGUUUCUUUUGCGUGCAGCACUACCUGACGAGCCGGUAUGCACUGAGAACCUAACUCCGUUCCUCAAGAUGCUCGCCACACGUGGAAAAGCCGGUGUUUCCUCGCUCUUGGACGGCCAUAAACUCUACGACUCCUUGUGGCAUUCAAUGAGCAUAGACAUUGUGACCGAGUGCGAGGCUGGCUCUUGUCAUUUAAGACUUAAGCAGAGCAUUCACCAUGUGAUCGACGUGGUGCGUCUGCUCCGUCGGAUCGACGAGGGCGGCAUUCCCAAACCAACCCCUGGAGACAAAUUGAGAUGCGAUACUGACACGAAGAAAUAUGACAGCUGGACCUGCUUUCCCCUUGGAGACUCCAUUGAGAUGGACUUUGAUCUCAACGGUUUGUAUGGGCGUCUGAUACGGGGCGCUGGCUUCAAUGACCCCUCCGCCAAUAGCAAGAUCGUUCUUGACUUUGACCAAGACCAAUGGCAUGUCCAAGUCGAAGAGUCGCAGGAGGACGACCAGGCCUUGGUUUACGAUGCUAAGCCGGUGGAAAGCUUGAAGGGAAAAAACUCUUUUAACCUCAAGUUUAGAACCAACAAUUCAAAUGCGAUCACUGCCUCUGAUGUCCCUCCAUUACUUGUCUCACGGUCCUUGACCGGGUAUUCUCAAGAUAAAGGCGGUAUGCGAAUCAACCUCAAGAACCCGUCUAUUUCUGAUUCUGUCGAAGCCGUUUACUUCGAAACCUUGCCUUGGUUCAUGAGAAUAUAUCUUCACACGCUCACUGUUCACGGAAAAGGAGAGAUUCUCUCGCAGUUCUACAUUCCGGCUAUUGACCGGAAGAGACCAGGCCACUUGGAGCUCUUGGUUCGUAUUCCCCCUGGUGAGGACGUCACAUUCACUUAUCAAUUUGACAAAUCUCUAUUGUUGUAUGCAGAGUACCCCCCAGACGCAAACCAUGGAUUUGCGAUUGCGCCUGCUGUUGUCAAAGUCCUAGACGCCCUUGGAAAAGUUAGAUAUGAAUCUCGGUCCACUAGUCUACUUUUGACACUUCCAACACCGGACUUCUCCAUGCCAUACAACGUCAUCAUCUUGACUUGUACGGUUAUGGCCCUUGCCUUUGGCACUACUUUUAAUUUGUUGACCAAAAAAGUUGUUACCGAGGAGGAAUUUGAAGAGGCGGCAAAACACACCAAAUUUGCGAAGUUUAAGUCCAAACUUCAAGCGUUGAGAAAUUGA